AUGGAGUCGACAUCGCCGUUCUAUUCCCUCGUCCCGGAGGUCAAGUACUCUCCGCCAUGGCAGGACUUGAGCAUCAUUGGCAUUGCUGGGAGCUCCGGCUCCGGCAAAACGUCAGUGGCUAUGGAGAUUGUCAAGUCGCUGAAUCUGCCUUGGGUGGUGAUUCUCGUCAUGGAUUCGUUCUACAAGACCUUGACUCCCGAGGAACAUAGCAAGGCUCAUGCAAAUGAAUACGACUUUGACUGCCCAGAGUCAAUUGAUUUUGACCUUCUGGUCGAUACUCUUAAAGAUCUCAAACAAGGCAAGAAGGCGCAUAUUCCGGUCUACUCGUUUGCCGAUCACCAGCGGCAAACCCAGACGACCACCCUUUAUUCUCCUCGAGUACUUAUUCUCGAGGGAAUUCUGGCUCUCCACGAUCCUAGAAUUUUGAAUCUACUCGAUGUCAAGAUCUUUGUUGAAGCUGACAUGGAUGUCUGCUUGGGACGCAGAGUCCUCCGCGACGUCCGCGAACGUGGUCGAGACAUCGAGGGCAUUAUCAAGCAAUGGUUCACCUUUGUCAAGCCCUCUUACACCAGAUUUGUCGAACCUCAGCGACAGAUUUCCGACAUCAUCAUUCCUCGUGGUAUUGAAAAUAUCACCGCUAUUGACAUGGUCGUGAAGCACAUCCAGCGCAAGCUGCAGGAUAAGUCAGAGAAGCAUACGGAGGCUCUCCGGAAGCUUGGUCUCUUGGCCGCCAAGGUCGAACUGCCGGCCAACGUGCAUGUUAUGCCCUCGACACCGCAGUUUGUGGGAAUGAACACCGUUCUCCAAGAUCCAGCGACGGAACAUGUUGACUUUGUCUUCUACUUUGAUCGACUUGCCUCGAUUCUCAUUGAGAAAGCCCUGGAUAUGACAACAUAUGUCCAGACCACCGUGGAAACACCACAAGGCAAUAAGUACAUGGGCCUCAACCCGAAGGGCGCUGUAUCUGCAGUUGCCAUCUUACGUGGAGGUUCAUGCUUGGAAACCGCCCUGAAGCGGACCAUCCCAGAUUGCAUCACUGGUCGUCUCCUGAUCCAGACUGAUGAAAAUAGCUGCGAGCCAGAGCUGCACUACCUCAAGCUUCCUCCCCAACUCGAGGAGCAUUCCAUGGUCAUGCUCUUGGAUCCGCAGAUGGCCAGUGGAGGAGCAGCCUUGAUGGCCGUCCGUGUCUUGAUUGACCACGGCGUGCAGGAAGAUAAGAUUGUCUUCGUCACAUGUGCUGCAGGUGAAACUGGAAUCAAGCGUCUGGUUGCAGUCUUCCCUAAGAUCAGCGUCAUUGUUGGUCGUAUCGAGUCGGAUGGGGAGCCACGCUGGAUGGAGAAGCGUUAUUUCGGAUGCUAG